AUGGCUGCUUACAUCAACAGCCAUAGGUCAGGUACACUAGAUGUGAUCCGAACACAAUUGCCAGUGGACAAUGUGACAUCAUCACUACCGCCUUGGGUUGUGACCAUCGGUGGUACAGCUGAUGAACUUCAGGUCCUGCGCAGUGCUGACUAUCUGUGGACGACAGAUGGCUACUUCAGGCGAGACCACGUAUCCCUCUGGACACAGCCUGGUAUCGCUGCUACAGGGCCCAUCACCCACUCCUCACAUUGGAUCCAAGCUCCCGGACGAGAUGGCAAAGGCUGGGCAGUAGACGUGGAUGGGGCUUCAAAUCAGUGGCUUGUCCUUGGCGACGAUUUUGCCGGUACUUGUGUCAGUGACCCCUCGCUCUGUCCUGAAGGAAUCACAGUUGCAUUGUGGGUAAAAUUACGGAAUUCAGCCGGUGCAGACAACACGUCGUUUGCAUUUAUCUUCAGCACUGGCGGGCAGUCGUCACGGGGAUGUGCUCUCUACCAGCAAGGGGGAGAUCGACUGAGAGCAACGGUUGCAGAUGGAAGACGGCAGUGGAUUGUAGAGAUCAUUUUUGUCCCUGAUGAAGAGAACUGGGUUCACCUUGCCAUCUCCUGGAGACAGUCAUCAGGCUUGGUUCUCUACAUUGACGGUGAGAGCCAUGGAAGGGACCACGUAGGGCGCAUCCGCAUCAGACACAACGACCUAGACAGUCUGCUGUUGGUAGGCCGAAGGAAUGACUAUCUGGCCGGCUAUGCCAACCUGACUCUAGAGCAGCUUGCAAUCUGGGAGCAUUACACAGAGCCAUGGCAGGCAAGACGGAAGAUGGGACUCAUAGAAAACAGCUACUAUGCCAGGGCCACGUACUAUUGGAAUCAAAGGCGAUUUAUCAGCAGUACAUUUGAUAUUCUAUCAAAUUCUGCAGGCAUUGUGGGGCCAAGCAGUAAUGUAGCAGUGCCAUACUCUGACAUGGUAGACUUGUCCAGUCCCGGUUCUUACAUUGACCUAGGUGAUUUUCAUGGAAGGUGUGUCUCUGACCCAACCAAGUGCAGUGCUGGUUUGAGUGUGUCUCUCUGGUUAAAAUACCAGCAGGGAGUAACGUCUGCAACACCAUCAUUCAUAAUCAGAACAAGGGAAUAUGGUUUACAACAUCCAGGUUUUGUCAUGUACAUAAAUGAUGCUAGACUUUAUGCUGUGGUGCAAAAUUCAGUUGGCCGUUGGUUUGCUGCAUUAAAGAUGGAGAACUUCCCCAGUGACGAGUGGGUGAAUCUGGCUUUUACAUGGAGUGAAACACAGAGCCUCACUCUGUACAUAAAUGGAAUUGAGCCCCCAAAAGUACAGUAUCAUUUUGAACCGAAGCCUUACACCCCUAAUCCUAUGUCCCGAUUGGUCUUGGGGGCAACCAGUACCCCUACACCAUCGCAUCCAGUGACAUUUCAAGUCCACAGCUUAGCUGUCUGGGAGACUCAUAUCUCCCAAGGAAAGAUCCACCAACUUCUUGGCAUGUCAAAAGAAUCUGAAUAUUACUGUUUCCAUUACGGAGACUUCUGCUGGUCAUUUGAGCCCACCCUGCACCUGCGCUACCCAUUUAAACUUAGCCCUGCAGGUGCCUCAUUCACCAAUGACCGUUAUGACCAGGCCAUGGCCGUCUGCACCGACGGUCGCAGUGGUUGGAUAUCCUUGAGGGAUUUCACCAACCAGUGCCCGGCUGACCCCUCAACAUGUGAGCAUGGGUUCAUUAUCGCGAUGUGGGUCCGAUUGCAGGAAAUUACCUCCCACAGACGGAGUAGCUACCUGCUCAGUGUUGGAGCUGAGGAACAUGGGGAGAAUGGAGUUUCUCUUUUCCAAUCUGUCACUGGUAUCCGUGUGAAGGUGGUUGACAAUCACCUUUCGUGGGAGACAAAUAUUGAGUCUUCUUGGUUGAGCUUUGGCCAGUGGAUUUAUCUUAGUAUCAGCUGGGCGGGCCAGUAUCUUAAAGUGAAUGUGGGAGGGAAGGAACUGCCCAUUAUCACACACAUACACAGAUCUAGCCUGCCUGAUGCUGGUACCCGCUAUGUGAAUGACAGGCUAGUCAUGACCCUCGGCAAGUCCAUUCAUGGCAGCAGGGGUUUUGUGUCUGCAUGUUACGAUGAUGUUCUCCUCAGAGUACCCGAGGCUGACCAGGAAUUGCCCUCUCCAAAGAACCUAAAUGGCUCAGUCUCUGAAGAUGAGAACCAGUCAUUAGGGCUGGAUGAGCCCGGUCCUGAGACAGCCAAGAAGGAGUGCGCCAUCAUCCAUGAGGCAGAUUGUGCACUCACCAUUGAGGAGUUGUUCUAUACAAUCAAAGAGGAAACAGUUUUGUCCGAUGAUGCAGUGUAUAGUUCCGUGAUCAAAUUGAAUCACCUGACAGAGAACAGAGAAAAAUUAUCAAGCUCUGAGCUAGAUGCAGCCAGCAAGGUGAUCAGCCGGCUUGCCAGCAGGGAGCUACCACUGUCCAUAAAUAUCACAGAGGCUGAGAUCUACCUGGAGGACUUUCUUACCAUUGUGAAUAAUCUUCUUCAUCCAGUGCAUGCCCAGGAGUGGAUCUCCUUACAGAGGUCCCAUGCAGGAAUCACAUCACUAAUGGACAGUGUGGAGACCUUCACUGGUAAAAUUGCUUGGCACUGGAACACCACCAUUGGUAAUUCUGUCACAGAUGUAUUGGUCAACAAGGGGAACAUUCUUACAACGAUGGAAAUCAUUCCAGAGGAUGAUUUAAAGAGCAAGAAAGAACUUGUAAUUCCAAGACGAAGUAGAUUGGAGCAGCUAGCUAAAGACUGGCAAAAUGUGGAUGAAACCAUCUCUAUUCCUGGAGAUAUCUUCGUAAAUACACCCAGCUCAGCUGCCGUGAGAUUUCUAUUCACAUUGUAUGAUACCCUGCAAGACAUGGUUCCCUGCACUGCAACCAAUCAAUUUCAAAAGGUGGAUGGGAAAUCUCUGUGGAUAAAUAGCCCAAUACUGUCUGUAAAUGCUGAGCCACCUGUUGAAGGAAUCUUCAAAGAACCCAUCUUGAUAACCCUCUCACAUCAAACACCAGUGGCUGAUCCAACCACAGCGAAGGUUGUCUGUGCAUUUUGGAAUUUCAGUGUGCCGCACACAAUUAACGGAGCAUGGGAUUGUGAGGGUUGUGAGUUACAGAGUACCAACCAGAUGCAGACGGUGUGCCGAUGCUACCACAUGACACAUUUUGCAAUCAUCAUGGAGCCCCAACCGGAUAAAGAGCUGAGUACAGAUGCAGUUGUUCUGCGCUGGCUUUUAAGGUGUCUGGUAUGCUUGUCUGUGUUGCUGCUGCUGACUUUGAUGAUUGCAUACAUCGCAUCAAAACGCUUACACACCUUACGUCAUUCCAUUCAUCUCAACCAGUGCCUGGCUUGUCUCUUGGCAUCGUUGGUCUUUGGCCUGUCAGAGAUAACAAGUGAAGAUGAGGUCUUCUGUUUAGUCUCUGGGGCUACCAUGCACUACCUCUAUCUUGCUGUUGUCUUCUGGUCAACCAUGGAGAUAUGCCAGCUGUAUCGUGACACUACCGUAGGGGGCAUGGAUACCAGUGAUGCCAUGAAGGGUUUCACUGUGUGGAGGAACAGAAUGAAAUACUACAUGAUUGGAGGAUGGGGUUUCCCCGCAGUGGUGGUUGGAUCCCUUAUGGCUGUGUCUAAACAGGCAUACAGACCUCAGGCACAUGAUCUUUGCUGGCUUAUUGAGGUGGAUGGAGUGCCCUGGGCAUACUCUGCUCCCUGUUGCUUGGCUCUCUGUGUGAACAUUUUUGUCCUGAUAUUGGUGAUGAGGGAGACCGAUGACACGCUGCGCAAGCUGGAUAGAACCACAGGCUUCAGGUCCAGUGUACGUGGUGCCGUCUUCCUCACCAUCCUGUAUGCUGUCACCUGGAUGGUUGGUUGGAAGGCAAUCUACGGUGGCCCAGUGUGGACGAGCUACUUGUUUGUCAUCUUGAAUUCCCUUCAAGGAUUCUUCUUCUUUGUUCUGCAAGGAUUUGGCAAUGUGGAGGUGCGAGCACUCCUGUGCCGAGAUGAUCCAGACCUGGAGCUGGCACUAGCCAAUAAUACCUCUCUUGUGCUGGAGCAGCCAAGAGAGAAACCAAGUUAUGCCGAAUCUGCAGUUUAUGGACCUGAAGACCCAUCGCAACCAUCAAGGAGAUCUUCUCAUCAGGUUAUCUAUUAGUCAUGUGGUCCCGUGAAUAGGGCCAAAUACAGAAGUAUGUAUGGAAAUAAAUCUCUCUGUCAUUGUAGCCUUGGGAAAUGUUUGGAAGGAGAUAUACACAUUGUCUUGCAAAUUGAUUUCCAGAUAAGAAUCCGUCUUUACGUUUUUCCAGCAAGGGAAUUGUAAGUGGGAAAUACCCUAGAUAUCUACUUUUAAUUUGCAGAUGAAAUUGUAAAAAAAAUUUAUUUGUACAUGCUUCAAUGCACGUUUACCGAAGAUCGUAUGGGAUUUAACCUUAAGCUUUAAGCUUGAUCUCAUUGCUAUUCCUGAAGACACGAACAAAAUGGGAAGAUGGAAUAUUGAUCACCCUUUGGGGGAUUGUGGUGUUUUUUGGCCUUUUUCUAAUUUCAUCAUAGAGGUAGCUUGUUAAGUUGGAAGAUACCACUCAAACGACAUUUUCCACAGCUUUUAAAGUCUCACAUUUUGGAGUGCUUUUCUCACCUCACUGCAGACACGUCUAACUUUGAUUUCUGAAAUUCUUAAAGAAUCUUCUUCACUUCAGUUCCCCAAAUUGGCUGAUGGUCAUGAUACACAACAAAUGGGAGUCACAAGGUUUGUUUUUGUACUAACUAAAGUAACACUCUACUUUUGUCUAAAAUGAUAUUCCAUCUUGUGUUUUCUUAGGUCAAGAAUGAUAAUCUUUAAAGUUCUUUCUGAUAGUCACUUUGGCAAGAAAAACACAACUUGAGUGAUUUUGGAAACAAAAUUUCUUAAUGCUUUGGUCUUGAAAUAUAUUCUUCAAAGAGGGAAUUCAGUUGAAAACUGCUAGCUUAUAAUCGGACGAUCUGUCCGUGCAGUGCAUUUAAAAAUUUAAUUCCAAUAUUGUCUUCGUGUAUUGACUUGCAAUGAUGCAAGGAAUCAGCUCUUUAAUACUUUCAACUUUUAGAGGCAAUAUCUGUAGUUUUACUGAGCCAGAAAAGUUCAUGAGGUUGCCAUUACCCAGAUGAGAUAGGUAUAAACAACAUUUUUUAGAAACCUCUUCAUAUUGUUAUUAGUAGCAUCUGAGUACGAGAGGUCGCUAAAAUUUUUGUUUUGUUGCUGAGAUAUCAGUAUGUGUUAAUGUGUUCCUGUAGUGUAAGCCUAUUUUGGAAUACAGUCAGGAAGCAAACUUCAUUUGAAAAUGUAGGUUUACAUGGGGUUAUGUAAUUACAGAGUAAAUUACAGCACUGUUCUCUUGUACUGUAAAAUCUUCCUUGCUUUUCAAAACUUCAAGAGCUUAAGUGAUCAGAAGUUGUUUCAAGUUAUGUGCUUAUCUGUGAUUCAGUUGAUGGGGGACCUUUAUCAGUAUUCGUGUUGUGAGAUCAUGAAGAUAGAGAGGUCUGUUCUAGUUUAGUAUAAUGUCAGUUGUAUCUGUCAUUUUAUUGUUCAGUUGUUGAGUAUUAUCAAUUAUUUGUUUUGAAUCUGUAAAAUUGUAUGGCUUAGAUAUCAUAAACAAGGUAUAAACUUAUUUUAUGACACAUGGUAUGUCAGAGAUUUUAGCAUAAUGGGGUGAAACUUUCACCCAUGACCAUGCAUCAAGAAUUUAUGCCACAGUCUGUCGUGGUAUGACGUUGGGCCGGGUUUAGGGAAGCUCUCCUCCCCCCCCAAAAAAAAAGAUUCAGAGUCCUCAUCUUGAUCAUCGGGAAAGUCACAGUAAAAGGUAAUUUGGGCAAAUAAUACUAGUCGGAAAACUUACAGUUCUGUCCGUUUAUUGGGAAUUAUUUUAGUUUUUAAGGAUUUCAACAAAUUGCUUGAAAUAACAUGGACAGAAUCUUUAUAUGUUCACCCAUAUAUAAAUUAGAAAUAAGCAAUAUUAGGAAUAACCAAUAAAACCUAUCCUUUAUUGCACUGAUAUUGACUGGAAUUCCCUGACAUUCACUUCCCUGUCGCUGUACUCAGAUGUAUCACCAAAACAGUUUGAUAAAUCAUCAUAGAAUUCCAAUGAAAAUUCAAACUCAAACCAUUAGAUACCCUCUGAAAAAACUAGUUUUGUAUUAUAUAAUUAUGUAAUCUUAUGUAAUUGCCAUGUUUCUUUUUUUAUUUUUGAGACAGUGCUGCAGUUUCAUGGUAGGUAACUUUGCACUUAUGUAUAAAAUAGGUCUUAUGUUUUGUAAAAACUGGGGCAACUUGGUUAACUUCGGCAGAACUACCGGGGGGAUGGCCACGUACCCCAGUAGAUGUUUGGCCCCCUCCAGGUGGCCCCACCCCAGUUUGGAGUCUUGAAGUGAACGAAAACUAUUUACGAGCUGUUGAUUGUUAGCUUUCAGCCUCACAUACCCCAAUUUAACCACCACCCCCAAAGUCUAAUCUUAGUUAUGCAACUGCAGAAUACUUCACCAAUUCUGCGUUAUUAAAUAUUCAUUUUCAAAGCUACAGAUUAAAAAAAUUAUAAUAGGCCUAUGCGCACCAAGUGAGAUCCUAAAACUUCCUUGGGACCGGUUUAUGAAAAUGUAGAUGGCUAUAACUGUCCGCUUUCAUUUUAGUGAUCAGCGUGUUGGGAUGGGGGGUUGUUCAGAGGAUAAUGUCUAAAGAAAUUUUGUAUUCAUUGGCUGAAACCGCACGGAAGAUUGAGAUCUUCUCCCAAAACAUGAGAUUGACGUCUGAAUAUUUUUUCAUCUCAUUUUAUGUGUUUAGUAGUACUGUUACGCAAAAUGGCGCCACCAUCACACAAACACGCGUCCAGGACCUAUCAGUACUUCAGUUGCUGCCAAUACUCUUUGUGAAUCUUUG